AUGGAUAGAAGAAACAAAAACAAUGGAAUGGCACUCAGAAGGCAAGUACUGCUUCUCUUAUUUUUGCCUUUCUCCUGCUGGGCUGCCUCAGAGCAGAUUCGUUAUUCUAUCCUUGAGGAGAAGCCAAAGGGUUCGGUUGUGGGGAAUCUUGCUGAGGAUUUGGGACUGAAUGCCAGAGAUAUAGGAAGGCGCAAUCUGCAUGCUGUCUCUGUGAACAAAAUGCAGUAUUUCAGUAUCAAUGCAGAAAAUGGAAAUCUCUAUGUAAAUGACAGGAUUGACAGAGAGGAAAUAUGUGGCACAACUCCACUCUGCCUUGUUAAUUUUGAGGUGGUAAUGGAAAAUCCCCUUAAUAUUUUUCAUGUGACUAUUACAAUUCAAGAUAUAAAUGACAAUGCGCCAUUCUUUCUCAGUGGCAAUAUCAACUUAGAAACAAGUGAACUAACUUUGUUAGGAACACGGUUUUUCCUUGGGAAAGCUGAAGAUCCUGACAUUGGGAUGAAUUCUCUCCAGAAUUACCACCUUAGCUCAAAUCAGUAUUUUACUCUGGAUGUUAAAGAGACUCAUGAUGGAAAUAAAUUUGCAGAUUUAGUGCUGCAGAAAGCACUAGAUCGAGAGACUGAACAGACCCUUCACUUGAUUCUCACAGCAUUGGAUGGGGGCGAACCUAGAAAAAGUGGGACUGCCCAGAUAUGGAUUAAUGUUACUGAUGCCAAUGACAACCCCCCAGUUUUCACUCAAGAGGUGUACAAGGUCAGUUUGAGGGAAAGUGUUGCAGUUGGAUCGCUUGUGCUCCAGGUUACAGCUUCUGAUAAUGAUGAAGGUUCAUACGCCCAAAUCAGGUAUUAUUUUAGUAAUAUACCACAGAAUGCCAACAGGAAAUUCAGUCUAGAUCCAUUGAAUGGCUCAAUCCUACUUAUAGGGUUAUUGGACUUUGAGGAUAUCAGUGAAUAUACUAUAUCAGUAGCAGCCAAAGAUGGUGGUGGAUUAGUGACACAUUGCAAAGUUGAAAUAAGCGUUCGUGAUGAGAAUGAUAAUGCCCCAGAGGUUACUUUAGCCUCCAUCUUUAGCCCAGUUCCGGAAGAUUCUAUGUCAGGAACAGUCAUUGCUCUGAUCAAUGUAAAUGACAGAGAUAGUGGAGAUAAUGGAAAAGUUACUUGCUACUUACAAGAUGAUUUACCCUUCAAAAUUCUUCCCUCGUCUAACAAUUACUUCAAGCUCCAGACAGACAGUCUCCUGGACAGAGAAAGAACUCCUGCAUAUAAUCUUACAAUCACAGCAAUUGAUAAAGGAACUCCACCUCUUUCCACACACAAAACAAUCUCUCUACAGAUCUCAGAUAUCAAUGAUAAUGCCCCUACAUUUCAGAAAUCAUCAUACAACAUCUACGUGCCAGAAAACAAUCCUUCAGGUGCCUCCAUUUUCACCAUCAAAGCCUCUGAUCCCGAUAUGGACCAGAACUCACGGAUCACAUACUCCAUCCUCAACAGCAACAUUGAGGAACUUCCCAUCUCCUCCUAUAUCUCCAUUAAUUCAGAGACCGGCACCAUCUAUGCCCAGAGAUCCUUUGACUAUGAACAAUUCAGAGAGUUCCAUCUGCAAGUGAAGGCCCAAGAUGGGGGUUCUCCCCCUCUCAGCAGCAAUGUGAGCGUCAGGGUGUUUGUUCUUGACAGGAAUGAUAACAGCCCUCGUAUCCUGUCCCCCUCACAAGAAGCCAAGGGCUCAGCCUUGUUUGAGAUGGUGCCUCGUUCGGCCGAGGCAGAUUAUCUUGUCACCAAGGUGGUGGCCGUGGAUGCAGAUUCUGGACACAACGCCUGGCUCUCCUACCACCUGACUCAGGCCACUGAGCCGGCACUCUUCACGGUUGGUUCUCAUACUGGAGAGAUCAGGACAGCCAGGGCCUUUGUGGAGAGAGACGCUGUGAAACAGAGACUGGUCAUUAUGGUGAAGGAUAACGGACAGCCGUCUCUCUCGGCCACCAUUACUCUGAACCUGGUGUUUGCUGAGAACUUUCAGGAGGCCCUUCCGGAAAUGAAGAGGCAACCCAGCAGCUCAGAGUAUCAGUCUGACCUGCAGUUCUACUUGGUGCUGGCCUUAGCUGUGAUCUCCUUCUUGUUCCUCUUGACUGUCAUUCUGGCUGUUACAAUGAAGCUCCAUCAAUCAGGGCAUCCCAGGUUCCCACAGUGCUUUGGUCCUGUUCCCCAUUCCAAGAAUGGUGCCAUCUUCCCACCCAACUUUGAAGAUGGGACUUUGCCCUAUUCCUACCAGCUGUGUCUGUCUUCUGAGUCCAGAAAGAACGAGUUUACCUUCCUGACACCAUACAGUGAGUUGGUUUCUGAAAACAACCUUGGGUGA